GAGGUGUCUUUCUCAAAUAUCACAUACAAACCAGUUGCACCACAUGUCUGGCUGGACCCUAGUGCUGCUGGGGCUGAUAUGUUAGAGCUUGAGGUCUUUUUUUCACAUAUCCUAAUCGUCUUUUUCAAGAGAUAUUAGCCAACCUAAGUCUAGCUGAGAAGAGUACGGACCGAUGUUGAGUCACGACAACGAAGAGGCACGCUCAAGGUUCCUCUUAUUCUUGUUCAAUAGGAUAAUCGGCCUCUUUGGUAGUGCCAUUACCAAUAAACCUGGAGGGUUGCUAGAGAGCAAAUUCUCUAAAAGAGGCCGCAUUAAGCAUGACUUUAUCUCUGUUGGGUCGAUCAGUAUUGUAUUCCUUGAAGUAAAGAAAGAACUCAGUACUGGCAAAGCGCGCUUGGAUGUCAUAGGCCAAGUGCUAGCUAAAAGCGCUACCUACGAUUUUCGUCAAUCAGAAGGAGGGCGAACCUAAGGGUAAAUCUAGGUUUCUCAUUUCGGUGAAGAAAACUACCGAACUCCUGUUUGAUUGGUUUCUUAUAGCAUA